CUCUCUUUCUUUUAAACAAUAUUGUGAGUGAUAUUUAUGUGAUGGGGAUUCGUUCAAACUGGAAGAUAACUGUAGUGAAGUGCCCAAAGCAAAAGAUCUUCAUGGGACUCUCUAUGUCUUAAAAACCUUUUCUCUUUCUCUCUCUCUCUCUCUUGAACCACUGAGUAAAUCCAGCAAACUUCCACUUUCAGAGAUCAAAAUUGUGUUUUGUCUUAAAUGAUGAAGAGAGACUAAUUCCAUGGCGGCGUUUGCAGUUUCCUAAUCUUUCCUCAUCUUUUAUACCAUCAAUAUAUCUCAAAGCAAAGAAAAGGAAAAUCAAAUCAAGAUUUGCCCUUUUCUUUGUUUCUCUCUUUGUGGUGUGUUGUGUGUGUGAUGUGGUUUAUCACUAGGGAAAAAAAUGGCAGGAUUCUUUUAUCUAGGAGGGAGAGACAACAACAGCAAGCAAGAUCAUCAUCAAGACAAGAACUAUCUUUAUCUUUACAAAGACGAGAUCUAUAACAACAACAAGGGUUUCGAGAUUUGGCCUCCGCAAUACUUCCAACAACAAGAACAACCACAACAGCAACAACAUGCCUCAGCUCCUGCGAACUUCUACUCCUUUGGAAUGGUUCCUAGCGGAAGCAGCAGCAACAACAACAAUAGCCGCAGCCGGAGUUUAUACUUCAACGUAGUCUCCGAUCAUGAGCCGGGAGGGUUCACGGUGACGAGACAAGGAGGUAUGAAUUGUCAAGAUUGUGGGAAUCAAGCUAAGAAAGAUUGUCCUCAUAUGAGAUGUAGAACUUGUUGUAAAAGCCGAGGCUUUCACUGUCAAACUCACGUUAAGAGCACUUGGGUUCCUGCUGCUAAACGCCGUGAGCGUCUAGCCCAACUCGCUUCGUUGCAGCACCACUCUACCUCCAGCCGUGAAACGCAAAACACUAAACGCCUUCGAGAAGCUAGUGGUGGUGAUAAUAAUAAUAAUGAUGAUAAGGACCAUAGUGGUGGUGGUGGAUCGGCUCUUGCUAAUACUCGUGUGGUGAAUACUAAUUCUAAUUCAGGGUUGGAGGUGAGCCAACACUUGCCACCGGAGGUUAACUCACCGGCAGUUUUCCGGUGUGUUCGAGUGAGCUCAAUAGAAGAGGAUGAAGAUGAUCAAGAGUAUGCUUACCAGACGGCUGUAAACAUUGGAGGACAUGUCUUCAAAGGCAUUCUCUAUGACCAAGGACCAGAUCAAGAUCAUCAUCAUCAUCACCUUAACCUCCUUGCUUCCACUGCAACCACCACCAACGUGGAGGAGACCGCCACGAAAACGGUGGCCGGUAACAAUAGUAACGGAUUAAUGCUUGAUCCUUCUUCGCUUUACCCGGCUCAACUCAACUCCUUCAUCGCCGGUACGUCAUUCUUCACACCUCCAAGGUCUUGAGAUUCGGAUCAGGUAUUGAUUAUUGUUAUAUAAGCUUAAACGUUAUAAUAAUGAGAGACUUUCUUUUUGUUGUUGUUGUCUUUUGUACUCGUCUUUGUCUUUUUGAAAUCUCGUGCAAUUUGAUAAAACACCCUUAGCUAGGUUGUUACUUGGUGGUGAUUAACAUGCACAUUGUACGUACGUUUUAAGAAAAAAACGAUCCAUGAGGGGUUAAAUUAAUGUUCUAAUUUCAAAGUUUGAUCUUUUUUCCUUUA